CGGUUGACCUGGCGCCGGCGCCACAGCCCAUUGUGCUCCCCAUCCGGCACGCUCUGUUGCAGAGCAGCGAGCCCCGGCCGGGAAGUGUGGACCCGUCUCUCCCGAGUCCCGGCCGCCUAGCCCGCUCUAGUCCAGCAGAGCCGGAGCGCCUCGGACCAAUCCCCGGUGAUUAUGCAAGGCAACGGACCAAUCAGCUCCGUCAGCUCAUGAAUAUUUAUGACCUCGGCUGAGUCAAAGCUUUGAAGCGAGUUUGGGGAGCUCAGCAGCAUCAUGCUUAGACUUUUCAAAGAGACAAACUCCAUUUUCUUAUGAAUGGAAAGUGAAAACCCCUGUUCCGCUUAAAUUGGGUUCCUUCCUGUCCUGAGAAACACAGAAACCCCCCAAAGGAAAGCAGAGGAGAGACAGAGACCCACACCCAGACCCCGCGAGAAGAGAUGACCAUGACCACCAUGCCAGAAAGUCUCAACAGCCCCGUGUCGGGCAAGGCGGUGUUUAUGGAGUUUGGGCCGCCCAACCAGCAAAUGUCUCCUUCUCCCCUGUCCCACGGGCACUACUCCAUGCACUGUUUACACUCGGCGGGCCAUUCGCAGCCCGACGGCGCCUACAGCUCGGCCUCGUCUUUCUCCCGACCGCUGGGCUACCCUUACGUCAACUCGGUCAGCAGCCACGCGUCCAGCCCCUACAUCAGUUCCGUGCAGUCUUACCCGGGCAGCGCCAGCCUCGCCCAGAGCCGCCUGGAGGAUCCAGGGGCUGACUCCGAGAAGAGCACAGUGGUGGAAGGCGGUGAAGUGCGCUUCAAUGGCAAGGGGAAAAAGAUCCGCAAACCCAGGACGAUUUACUCCAGUCUGCAGUUGCAGGCUUUGAACCGGAGGUUCCAGCAAACUCAGUACCUCGCUCUGCCCGAGAGGGCGGAGCUCGCGGCCUCCUUGGGACUGACGCAGACGCAGGUCAAGAUCUGGUUCCAGAACAAGCGCUCCAAGUUCAAGAAACUGAUGAAGCAGGGCGGGGCAGCUCUGGAGGGUAGUGCGCUGGCCAACGGCCGGGCGAUGUCCGCCGGCUCCCCGCCGGUGCCACCUGGAUGGAACCCCAACUCCUCAUCCGGAAAGGGCUCCAGCGGCAGCGCGGGCUCCUACAUCCCCAGCUACACAUCAUGGUACCCUUCCGCGCACCAAGAAGCUAUGCAGCAACCCCAACUCAUGUGAGGUAGCCCACCCGUUCCCGCCUGCCUCCUUUCUGUUUCCCCUGGUCCAGCCCCUCCCGCCUCCCGGUCCAUCCACCCCAUCCGUGUGCCCUGGACCCGGAGAAAGGCCCAGAGGGAAAGAAGAAGGGACUGUGAAGGCAGGACACCCACCGCCUUCUCACAGCCCCUCUCGGUCUGGACUGACUACUUCCCUGGUCCCCACACUCUCCGCCGGAGCCCCUGCCCGGGCCGGGAGUGACCGCAGAGAAUGACGUGGAACACAGUCACAGCCGCGGGAGACAGCCAGCGCAGCAAGGCAGCCCACUGGGCCCAGCCUGCCGGACUGGACCCAGGACCCUCACCCAGCUGUGUGGGACUAUCAGGAAAAAACAAAAGCAAUGUAGAAAAAGCAAAAGCUAUUUUCUGUCCUGUCCGUCUCUUGUCUCCUUUCGCUCUGUAUCUGUGCGCUGACAAGUCGAGGUCCUCGUCUGUCCGCUGUUCUCAUUCUCCGGCAUCUGAAAAAAGUCACCAGGUCCAGGAGGCGCGGUCCACCUGGCCGCCCAGUUCCGGAUACUGGGAUGCUUUGUCUUUUGAGACCUUUUCCUGGGCCUGCCCAAACAUCUGUGUAGCUUGUUCUGGAACUGGGGGAAAUUAGAGGGAGGGGGGUUUAUUUAUUGAGAAAUGGACUUCGCCUGAGGCUGAAUGUUGGCCAGUGCGUGGUUCUGUAGGACAGGAGGAGCGCACUGUUCAAACAUACCCAUUACUUUAAAUGCACUC